GCAGCUCCUGGUGCAGGCUACCCUCCCCUCGGUGCUAGUCCCCAUAGCAAUCAGUGACAGCUGGUUCUCGGCCCCCAUCUUCCCCCCCUCCACCCUCCCCUUCUUCCCAUUGCAAACUGGGGGGAAACAUUUCCCUUACCUCCUUUGGGAGUGAGAUGAGUCACCACCAGCCAGGACUGCUGCGGUACCUUCCUCCUCCCUUCCACCCAGGUUGGGGGGACCCGGCAGGGCACGGUGGUCCCCAGCACAGAGAUCCUUGUGGGUGCGCACCCAGAGGCAAAGACGAGGCGUCCAGUUUGGGAUUUGAUGCUAAAAACUAUCCAGCCCCCCAGCCAGAGCGGUCCACCUUCUCCAGGCUUGAGUCCACCACCAGCCCCGGGACUGGACCUUGUCAAAGCAUCGACAGCUCGUCACAGCCUCAGGUAGGCAUCAAGCCGGCAGGUUCCCAGGUGCUUUCGUUGCCUACUGAUUUCACCCCCCCUGCUGCUCAUGGGCGAGAAAGUAGCCCUGCGUCAUCUUGCUCGGACACUGUCAAGGGGGAUUAUGAAGCGUCCAUUAGACUGAAACCCGGCUCUGGGUCAUCUGGGAAGGAUAAAACGGAAGAGCAGCGUUUUUUUCUUCAGGAGGCUCCACUGUUACACAGGCCUACAGACAACCAAACGUCGCAAGAAAUACAAGGUGUAUGCCGGACGGACCAAAAUGGCGUGUCGAAUGGCUUCCUAUUGAGUUCUUUGACUCACUUAAAUGGACACCGUCGAUUUUGUUUUUUAAAUCACUCUUUUCUCUGAAUCAUGUUGACUUUCUAUUGUUGCACCUAUCUCCUAAAAUGACUGAAAGAGAUUAGACUGAGAAUUUUUUUUUUUAACUGGGCGCAUUUGACAGCACCAACUUGUGUCUAGUCAGGUUCACUUUUCAUAGUCAAUUUCUCCUUUGCUUUGUGGGAAACUUUCCCACCACAGGAGGGAUAUUACAAAUAUUAUUAUUGUUAAUACUAAUACUAAAUAAUAAAUUGUUAACAUGUAAUUGUAAAACCACAAAAAAAUUGGCAGGGGAAUUCAGGAGUAGGUCUAAUACCUGAAGCUACCUUUAGCUUUUUUAAAAAAAAAUUGACCAUAAAUUACAAAUUGAUGGUGUCUCUUUCAUAUGAUGAUAUUGUAUCUUUUUCCCCCUUAAUUUUUUUCCACCACUCUUUUAUUCUGGUACAUGCUCACAUAAAGGUGGGAUAUGACAUUUUAUACUGGAUAUGAUUUUCACUGGUCCUUGGAGUCUUACAUAGCCUGUGGACAUUUCCAGCCAAUCGCUUUCUCUUCUAAAUUUCGGAGAUGAAGGCUGUGUCGCGUCAUUAUCUCUGAUCAUGGUUAUUUCACUGCGCACCUUGUAUUCAUUUGCUAAUCGCCAUUUGUGAUGCUGCGGCGUUAGUCUUUGAGUCUGUUUUUUAAGCCUGGCCCUCGCAAAAUGUGAUGCAUGUGCUUACUUUAUGUACGUCUGAACAUCAGUGAAUAAUAAUAUAAUAAAGUGGGUUGCGCUGGUAAUAAGAACAAGGUAAAACUAUGCAGUUGUGUAAUAUAAAGGCUUCUGGUUUUAAUGUCAUUCCUGGGUUGCUGUCUCAUGUAAAACUGCUCGUGACUGGAAAAUCUUGGUUAUUCCAUGCCUUACAGAAACUUUUUUUAAAAGCAUAAUUCAAUUUCGUUUAUCUUGGAUUUACAACAGAUACCUGAGUUCAGUGAAAAAGGAGCGAACAGACUGUUACUGGCAGUCUAAAUUCAAGAACCUUCCUCUGAAUUAGGUCCACAGAGAACUAGUUUUGAUUUUUAAGUGGACAAAUUAGUUGCUUUUUCUGUUUUUUUUUUAAUGAAUAGAAAAUUAAUCUAAUUUUGUCCAAUUCUUUCUUUCUUUCUUUCUUUCUUUCCAUCAAAACACAGUUACAAAUGUUUGUCUUAUCCUUGGCAGAGGAUACAAAAGCUGAACCUAUAACUGGCAGCUGGCUGACUGCAAAGGGUGGAAAGAAAAAACAGAAGCCCUUAUACUAAAUACCAGACGCUAGAGCUGGGAAAGAAAUUCUUCUUUAUGUAUUUAACCAGAGAGCGCCGCCUAGAGGUCAGACGAAGUGUCAACUUCACAGAUUAGGCAAAUCAAAAUCUGGUUCCAAAACCGCAGGAUGAAACUGAAAAAAAACGACUAGAGAUAAUAGGGUACUACCAGAAUUUAACUG